AAUUAAGUGUUUAAGAAAUUCUCACGACUAACUUGAUCGCCGCCGGCGAGGGUUUGCUGGCGUUUCUCGUCUACUCCGUCGAUAUAAAAUUUCUGGAUCGGAAACGAUGGUGUACAUUGUAUCAUGGGAUGAUUUUGUUGAAAGAUCCGUUCAGUUGUUCCGCUCUAAUCCCGAAAAAACUCGUUAUGUGAUGAAAUACAGACAUUCUGAAGGUAAAUUGGUUCUCAAGGUCACUGAUGACAAAGAGUGUCUCAAGUUUAAGACCGAUCAAGCACAAGAUGCUAAGAAGAUGGAGAAGCUUAACAACAUAUUCUUUACUCUGAUGGCUCGAGGUCCUGAAGUUGAUGUAACAGAAGUCACUGGAAAAGAACAAACAGCACAACCUGCCAAGAGAGGGAGGGGAAGGAAGCAAUAGCAUGCAUUUUGAUCCGCAGCUGUUCACUUUUAAGCCAUUCCAUUGUUGGUUACAAAUAGAAUAGUAUUUUCGUUUGAUUUUGUAUGAAUUGGGGCAUAAUAAGUAUUCCGCUGUCAACCGUUCGUAUUUCACACUUUUUACAUGCUAGGGGUCUUAAUGGAAACAACCGCUCUACUAUUUGAGGUAGACGUAAAGUCUGCAUGC